AAAAAAUUUCUAAGUUGUAGCAACAAUGUUCAAAGUUUGUGAAUCAAUUUUGUUACAAUGCUUCGUAGGAGUCAUGUUGAUAAUUUUCACAAUAGAAGCUAAAAAUAACACGGAUAAUCGAAAAUAUUCGAAACGUGGAACCGUUGGAUUAGAGUAUGGUAACUAUUUACCAAGUUUUCCUGGUCCAUGGAAUAAUUUACCUGCACCAUGGGACAGUCAAGUGGAAGUUUUUCAUAAACCUAUUAUCACGGUUCACAAACAUAUUUCAGCACCCGCAGUAUCACCGGCUGAAGUUGAAGCUGCAAUUAAAGCAGCUAAAGCUGCAUCAGCCAAUGUAGCUGCUGCCCAACAACAUGUUUUAGCUGCAAAAGAAGCGGUAAUUGCUCAACAACGAAUUGCAAGUGCACGGGAGGCACAAGCUCAAGCGGCUCAACAAAAAAGUGAAGCUAUUGCGCAAGCUCAACGUGCAGAAGCCACAGCCGCCGCACAAGCUGUUGUUUUGGCUCAACAACGUUUAGCUGAAGCAAAAGCCCAGUCAGCUGCACAACAAAGAAUUGCCGCGGCAAAAGAAGCAUAUGCUGCACAUCUAAUACAAAAAUCUGCUACAGCUGCCGCAAUUGACAUUCAACGAUCAGAAGUUGAAUCAGCUAAAUUAGCUGCAUUACAAAAAUCUGAAUCAGCUGCUAUUCAACAUAUAAAUGCAGCAAAAGAAGCAAAUUUAGCUGCAACAUCCGCAGCUGUUGGUGCAUUACCAUUACCUCUGCCACAUUAUCCAAGUUCAUAUCAUCCUUGGGGAUAA